AUGUACCCACUGAAAGCACCUGACCCGGAUGGUAUGCCUCCUCUUUUCUUCCAGAAAUUUUGGAAUGUAAGUGGUGAGGUGGUCACAGCAACAAUUCUGGAUUUUCUUAAUCAUGGUGUUUCCCCCCCUGAUUUUAACAAAACUCAUAUUAUCCCAAUCCCAAAAGUCAAAAAUUCUAAGAAGGUAACAGAGUACAGACCUAUUAGUUUAUGUAAUGUGGUGUACAAAAUUGCAUCCAAAUCAAUAGCUAAUAGGCUCAAGAAAAUUUUACCUUCCAUUAUAAGUGAUACUCAGAGUGCCUUUGUGCACAGUAGGCUUAUUACUGAUAAUGUACUCAUUGCCUUUGAGACCAUGCACCAUAUCAGUCAGAAAAAAGGGGGUAAGGUUGGUGAGAUGGCUCUGAAGCUAGAUAUGAGUAAGGCUUAUGAUCGGGUAGAAUGGAGGUAUCUAGAUAAAAUUAUGGAAAAGUUGGAGGGACUCUCAUCAUUGAUUAAAGCUUCGGUGGCAAGUGGAGCAUUGGAGGGAAUUGCGGUUUGUCGUAGAGGCCCGAAAUUGUCUCAUCUCUUCUUUGCAGAUGAUAGCUUGAUUUUCUGUAAGGCUUCUCUGGCAGAAUGUGAUACCCUCCAACAAAUUCUAAAAGUAUAUGAACAAGCUUCAGGCCAGCAGCUAAAUCGGACAAAAACAUCUCUAUUUUUCAGCAGGAACACACCCCAUGAGAUUCAAGAGGAGAUAAAACAAAGGUUUGGUGCUCAGGUAAUAAAGCAGCAUGAGAAAUACUUGGGUUUGCCAUCUUUGGUGGGGAAGAACAAAAGGAGCACGUUCAAUGAGAUUAAGGAGAAGCUUCAUAAAAAGCUAGCCGGAUGA